GCCGCAUCGGGGGAUCCCUGGAGCCAAUCCAUACCUUUUAAGUAUUUUGUUGUUGGUGGUGUCAGCCUGCCGUUCUUUGGCAUGUGGCUGUGCGCAGUUUUAUCUGCUUCAUUUUCCUUUGAAGAAGUUACGGAAUCUCAUUUUAAGGUGUCUAACUUUAUUCCUUCUAUAAGCGCUGCCACUGGAAUAACACCACAGUUGUACUUCUGGCGAUAUGCCAUAGGCUUUCACAGUGCACCGCGUAUUUUACUCGCCGCUGCCUACUACCAGUAUUAUAAAAUGUUCACCGAGUGUCUUUCUUAUUCAUUUUAUUACAAUCUGCUAACAAAAAUGGCCCUUUUGCUCAAUAUUCUCGAUGUCAUAACAUUUUUGGGAGUUGCCUUUGGGCUGUUCAUCAUAUUCCUCUUUGCUUCAUCGCUUUACAUGUUGACAGUCCUGACUAUACAUGAAAUACUGCGGAAGCACAACAUGCUGUCUUCGAGGGUUUGUUAUUCACGAUUUAAUUACAUUUUCCUGCAGCUUAAGCAUUCGUACACGAUGAAGUUCACGUUUUUCAUUUCUACUUUGAUUCUAAUCGGAAUCCUCGCGUAUCACUUUCAUGCACAUCGUUUUUUGUGCAGACCUAAUGGUGAGUUUCAUUCAGUGAUUGCAAAGAAUAUGUCGCACUUCUCGUUCCUAAUUAUUACUCAACAUCUAUUUAACACGCCACGUCAACUGUCCCCUGCGAGUUAG